CGGUGAGAAGCAGUUCAUUUAAGAAGUUUGUCGCUGUCGGUUUUAAACAAAAAACCCCAAUCCUAAUCAAAUUAUAAUCCAACUCCAAAACACCGCUCACGGUUCGGUACUGACGUGUGCGCGUUCACCCUUUCUAACGGACAAACGUAUAGGCUACGCGAAAUUUUGUUUUUUUUUUUGCAAAAAAAACUCAUUCACAUUUGGAUUAUCACUACAAGAAACAGUAGUGGCAGCAGCAGUUUACAUUGUCGCUUAUUAAGGAUAAUUAAUUGAGAGUUCCACAACGUGAAAAUGUUUCGCUUUUUCGUUUUAACCACCUUGAUUGCCAUUGCUGCGAGUCAGGGUUACCAUCAAAAUCCCAAGACAGCGGCAAUUAUCAGUGAACAACGUUACCUGGCCGGCGAUGGCAAAUUCGGUGCAGCCUACACACAAGAGGAUGGCAUCAACUUCAAAGAGGAGACCGACUCCGAUGGUACACGUCACGGCAGCUACAGUUAUGUUGAUCCAACAGGCGAGCGCCGAACAAUUUCCUACACAGCGGGCAAAAAUGGCUUCCAAGCUAGCGGCGAUCACUUGCCCGUUGCGCCACCAGCCCCACCACAGCCCGUACCGCAGCCUGGCUAUGCACCACAGCCGCAAUACCAACCACCAGCACAGUCCGGUGGCUACCGCAGCAAUGACUACGAUGACGGUUCCUACGAUACCCGCUACAAUGAUCCCGGUUUCGAUCAAAAGCCCGGCGCAUAUCAGCCACCACAACCACAAUAUCAGCCACAAGCGGCGCCUGCUUAUAAUCCACCACCAGCACCAGCAUACAAUCCACCUGCGCCACAAUACAAUAACUACCAGCCACAAGCUCAACCACAACAACAAUCCUACUAUCAACCGACCACACCCAAUCCACACCGAUUCGCGCCACCCGGCAAAUUGUCGCUGAACCGCACACCGGACGGUUUUAGCUACAGCUUCAACAAGGUCUAAGAGCGUACAUGUGUGGGUGUGUGAGGAGUAAGUGGUUGAGGCGGGGGAGUGUACAAGUUGGGGGUGAGCGAUGAUAACACAGUCUGAACUAUGCUAUGCGCACGGUGUGUAUGAGGAGAAGGUAUGUUCGGCAAAGUUGAAGGCGUUUCACUGUGGGCAUAGGACAGCCGCCGCGCAUAGUCUGCAUUUCUGUUUUCCCUAACUCCUAGCGAUUUUUCAUACAAUUUAUUUCUAUUAUUUCUUUAAAUUUUUCGCAUGCUUUUUGUUUCAAUUUCAAUCUAAUUUUAAUUUGAAUUUGCUUUAGUUUCUUUUAGCUGAGUUUUCAGGAUCGCGAUCAGUUCUUUUGUUUGUUUUAAUUAUUUUAAAGUUAUAGUUAAUUAUUUUUUCU